UACUAACUGACUGGAUUUAUGAUUAGGAUUGUGCCAUAGGCUUAGUUUUAACAUACAGUUUGGUUUGGUUUAUUUUAUUAUGGAUACAGGAUAACUGACAUGACAACUGUUGUGAAGUGAUUUGGAUUUGGCGCUUUAAAUAAUAUUUUGAAAACCAUGAACGAUCUUAUUGCAUAUGAGAAAUAUGAAACAUUUAUUUAGUGAAAUUAACUUGGUACUUAGCCUACUGUUUUGAACGUAGGCGUAAAGCAGAGAUCUCUGCCUUUACUACACUUAGCCAACUCAAGUUCUCCGAAGUGAGAGUUUCCCAUUGUGUCUCCUGGAGUGAGCUGCCGCCACAGGUCACAAUUGAAGCUCUCAUCCCCCCGCCGUUUACUCUGGACGACGCUGCUUCUUUUUGACAAUAGAUUAACCCAGGAAAUAAGGAGAUCCUCAGUUUAACACAAGGACCUCGAAAGAAAAUCUCAAAAAUAAUGUGAAAUAUCUAAUAUUCAAUGUAAGAGUUGACCAAGUACGCAAUCACGUCCCUCAAGACGUCUCAAAGUAGUGUGAGAGACCAGUGCAACUGCUAGACAUUUAAACAAUCCUAAAAGCAAGGAAAAUAUCUAUAUAGACAUACAAGUUCUAAAUAUAUUAGUUAAGCCUGACAUUUAGUUGCUGGUCGAUUUGUAUAGUUUCAAGUCAGUAAACUCAAUAGAACAAGGUUAAGUCACUCUAAAAUGUUGCCCCUUAAAUGUCCGAUAUGUAGAACAAUUUUUUCAUCUCAAUCAGCAAUGAAAGCUCAUAUAUUAGUGCAUACGGGUGAGCGUCCAUUUAAAUGUUUAACAUGUGAGAAAACCUUUAUUCUAAUUCAUCAUGUCAAGAAACAUUUGUUGACACACUCUAGGAAUUGUCCUGAUAAAAGCAAUACUUCUGGAAAAUCUAUUAAAAAAAUACAAAAUUCCAAGAAACAUACAUUAAGAAACACUGAAAAGCAACCACCAGCCUAUAAGUGCACUACAUGUGACGAAUUCUUCACUUCCAAGACAACUUUGCAAAAUCAUACAUUGGCCCAUACUGGAGUACGUCUACAUAAAUGUGCUACACGUGGAAAAUCCUUCAAAAUAAAAGACCAAGUAAAGACACAUCAAGCAGUUCAUACCGUAGAGAGACCUUACAAAUGUACCACAUGUGGAAAAUCCUUCGCAUACAAAUGCCAAAUGAAGCAACAUAUAUUAUUAGUUCAUACUGGAGAACUACCUCAUAAAUGUAAGACAUGUGGAAAGUUCUUCGCAUACAAAUGCCAAAUGAAGCAACAUAUAUUAUUAGUUCAUACCAAAAGGCAUCCUCAUAAAUGCUCCACCUGUGGAAGAUCCUUUGCAUUCAAAUCCCAAAUGAAGCAACAUAUGUUAGUUCAUACCAAAAAGCAACCUUAUAAAUGUCCCACAUGUGGAAAAUCCUUUGCAUACAAAUGCCAAAUAAAACAACAUAUAUUAUUAGUUCAUAGGGGAGAGCAACCUUACAAAUGUACCACAUGUGAAAAAUCCUUCGCAUUCAAAUCCCAAUUGAAGCAACAUGUAUUAGUUCAUACCGGAGAGCGGCCUUAUAAAUGUACCACAUGCGGAAAAUCGUUCACAACUAAACUGAAUUUGAGAAUACAUACAUAUGUCCAUACUGUAGAGCGAUUUCACACUUAUAGAUGUGCUAUAUGCGGAAAAGCCUUCACAUCGAAAAGCAACAUGAAGAAUCAUAUAUUAGUACAUACGGGCGAACGUCCAUUUAAAUGUUUAACAUGCAAGAAAACCUUUAUUCAAAUACAUCAGGUAAAAAAACAUUUGUUGACACACUUAGGGAAUAGUCUCAUUAAGAGCAGUACAUCAGGAAAAUCCAUUAAAAAAAUAGAAAAUUCCAAGAAACAUACAUUAGAUCGCACUGAAAAGCAACCACCAUCCUAUAAGUGCACUACAUGUGACAAAUUGUUCACUUCCAAGACAACUUUGAAAAAUCAUACAUUGGUCCAUACUGGAGUACGACUACAUAAAUAUACUACACGUGGAAAAUCCUUCAAAAUAAAAGACCAAGUAAAGACACAUCAAGCAGUUCAUACCGUAGAGCAACCUUACAAAUGUACCACAUGUGGAAAAUCCUUCGCAUACAAAUACCAAAUGAAGCAACAUAUAUUAUUAGUUCAUACUGGAGAACAACCUCAUAAAUGUACCACAUGUGGAAAGUUCUUAAAAAACAAGAGCAAUAUGAAGAAACAUGCAUUGGUUCAUAUUGGAGAGCGGCCUCAUAAAUGUGCUACAUGCGGAAAAUCUUUCAUAUUCAAAAAAUCUUUGGAGCUACAUAUAUUAGUACAUACCGGAGUACGAGCUCAUAAAUGUACUAUAUGUGGAAAAAACUUCAAAAGAAAAGACACUCUAAAUACACAUCAACUAGUUCAUACAGGAGAGCGACCUUAUAAAUGUAAUACAUGUGGAAAAUCCUACACAGCUAAACGUCAUUUAAGGGAACAUACACUUAUCCAUAUCGGAAAGCAACCUCAUAAAUGUACUACUUGUGGAAAAUCCUUUACAAACAAGAGCAAUAUGAAGAAACAUACAUUGUUGGUUCAUACAGGAGAGCAACCUCAUCAUAAAUGUACUAUAUGUGGAAAAUCAUUUACAAGUAAAAGAUAUAUGAAGAAACAUAUUUCACUUCAUACCGGAAAGCAACCUUAUAAAUGUACCAUAUGUGGAAAACCCUUCUUAAACAAAAACCGAAUGGAGGAACAUAAGUUGGUCCAUAGCCCUACUGGAGGGAGGAGACCUCGCUCUUAUGACUGUGCUACAUGUGAAAAAUCUUUCAAAUGCAAAAGAUCUAUGGAGCUACAUAUAUUAGUUCAUACCGGAGAGUGACUUCAUAAAUGUACUACAUGUGGAAAAUCCUUCACAUGCAAACAAACCAUGCAGGAACAUAUGUUAGUACAUACCAAAUAGCGACCUCAUAAAUGUACUACAUGUGGAAAAUCCUUCAAAAGUAAAACCACGUAAAGGCACAUCAAUCAGUUCAUAUGCAAUAACACUACAUGUGGACUAUUCUUCAAAAGUAAAAACCAUGUAAGAGCACAUCAAGCAGUUCAUAUCGUAGAGCGAACUUAUAAAUGUACUACAUGUGGAAAAUCCUUCACAACCAAAAAUGGUACGCAGCAACCAGCAACAUAUAUUAUUAGUUCAUAUAAGAGAAUAACUUUAUAAAUGUAGCCAACCACAUGUGCAAAAUCUGUUGUAUACAAACACAUGUGCAAAAUCUGUUGUAUACAAAUCCCAAAUGAAGCAACACACAAGUUCAUACCAGAGAUCAACCCCAUUAUGUGCCACAUGUGGAAAAUCCUUCGCAUACAAAUGCCUAAUGAAGCAACAUAUAUUACUAGGAAAAAUCUGCGUGGCUCAGCGAGCCGCAUACUAAGAAGCACAACGUUGAGGAAAACUCGCUGCUUGAUGUUAGUUGCAGUAAGAUUAUUAGAGUUGUUUGACAUUUUUGAUAGAAAUGGAGCUUAAAUAUCUCUAAUUGCGUCUUGAAGGUUCGCUUACAUUUCUGUUCUCAGUUAUGAAUGAUAACUUCUAAUGAAUUAUAAAAUGAACUGUAGGCCUACCGUUUUAAGAAAAAGUAGCAAUAACAUAAAAAAUGUAAUUCAAGUAAAUUUGCAAGUCAAUUAUUUGAUUGUAAAAUAUUUAGAUCAGAUUCCAAAUUUAAAUUUGACAAGAAAAUAUCCGUUUUUAUUUCAAUUCAGCUUGUACAGGAUUUGCAAAAACAUGUAGGGUAGGUGAAAUCUGAUUGGUCAGAAUGUUCUCGUUCUGUGGUAGAUUCUUAAGGAUAUUAAUUAUAAAAUGGUAAUACAAAAUACUCUCAUUUUAUCAUAGCUUGCAGUUGUUAGCGUGCAAUAGCGCAGAUGACAACUCUUCUAUUUAUGCAUGACUCACCACAAGAAUUACAUUCCAACAUCUUAUCCUUAACAGACAAAGCACUGCAGUACUGCCUUCAAAAUGACCUGACCAUUAUUCCAUAAAGAAACAACCCAGUUAAAUUUCAGCCAAAAACAUGAAGAAAUCCAAGAAAUUCCUGAAAUAACUGUUUUAAAAAUCUCAAAACUGCUGGGCCUGACAAUUGAUGAAGACCUCUCCUGGAACGACCACAUAUAUACAACCUGACCAAAAAACUUGCAUCUGGGGUCUAUGUAAUAAAGAGGAUGAAAUGGAUAGGAUGUCUGGAAACGGCUAAGACAGCAUAAUAUGCUGUAAUAGAAUCACGUAUAAAGUAUGGUUUCAUAUCUUGGGGAGGAACAUCAGAAGCAAUAAACCUCAGCAAAGUCAUGGUACUCCAGAAAAAAGCCGUCAGGGCACUCUCUGGCCUUGAAUCCUUAGAGACAGCUGCAGGGAAGCAUUUAAAUCCCUUAAGUAACAGUGAAAUCACUCUAAAUCCAUGGAGUUGUCCUGUACACAAAAAAACUGAACCUUCCCAGAAAUGAGAAUUUUCACUCCCACCAUACCAGAAGAGCAGCCGACUACAGCCUUCUGAUCCACAACACUACACAAUACAUCAGAAAACCCUCUUAUAUUGGCCGCAAAAUCAUCAACACUCUUCCAAACAACCUCAAGAACGCAACAGGAAAUCAACUCUAAACAACAACUCAGGGACUGGCUUGUGGACCGACCGGUGUACUCCCUUAAGGAAUUUUUUGACCAAUUAUGAACUUUCAACACAAAGAAAAUGUAAACUGUUAAACAAUCUAAAUGUUAAACAUUCUGAACGUUUGUGACACCAUUGUAUUUCUUGAGGAAAUCACAAAUAAAGGAAAUUGUCUAUUGUCUAGUUCAAAAUUAUUUUAUUGCAUUUAGAUAAUUUCAUUAUUUGUGUAUUG